CUCCUCCCCCUCCGGGGUCCGGGCCGGCCCCUCGUCUCCCACCUACUACCGGCAACCGCGCCUCCAGCGGUAGGUCAUCUUUGGGGGCAAUGGGCAUCGGUCACUCACUUUCUCUGUGACCCUGUCAUGGCUUGUGUGGCCUGUCCCAGCACAAGUGAGUUCCCUUUCUUGGCAGACAGACAUGCUCAUCUCAUAUUGGCCCAGAUCAAUAAGAUGAGAUGUGGGCAGCAUUUCUGUGAUGUGCAGCUCCAGGUUGGAGAGGAAGUAUUCAAGGUCCACCGACUUGUCUUGGCUGCGAGCAGUCCUUACUUUACAGCCCUGUUUGCGGGAGGGAUGCAAGAGUCUUCAAAGGAUGUUGUGCGGAUCCUGGGUGUGGAUGCUGACAUCUUUCACAUUCUCCUGGACUUUAUUUACACAGGCAUAGUCAGCAUUGGGGAGAGUAACGUCCAGGAGUUGAUUGUGGCAGCAGACAUGUUUCAGCUCACAGAAGUGGUGGACCUUUGCUGUGAAUUUCUAAAGGGCCAGAUUGAUCCUACAAACUGCAUUGGACUCUUUCAGUUCUCUGAGCAAAUUGCCUGUCAUGAUCUGUUAGAAUUCACAGAGAAUUAUAUCCAUGCCCACUUCUUAGACAUCCAGAAUGGGGAGGAAUUCCUGGCCCUGACAAAAGACCAGCUUAUUAAGAUCUUGCGAAGUGAGGAGCUGAGCAUAGAAGAUGAGUACCAGGUGUUCAUUGCUGCAAUGCAAUGGAUUCUAAAGGAUCUGGGAAGACGGAAGAAACAUGUUGUGGAAAUACUGGAUACAGUUAGAUUUCCAUUGCUACCUCCACAAAGACUCUUGAAGUACAUAGAAGGUAUUCCUGAUUUCAGUCUCCGAGUGGCCCUUCAAACCCUCUUAAAAGAAUACUGUGAAGUGUGUAAAUCUCCCAAAGAGAGCAAGGUUAGCAGUUUCCUGCAGGCAGCUAAAGCACGUCCUCGGAGGAAAGCCAGGAAGUACCUUUAUGCAGUCGGUGGAUACACUCGAUUGCAGGGAGGCCGUUGGAGUGACAGCAGAGCUCUCAGCUGUGUGGAGCGUUUUGACACUUUCAGUCAGUACUGGACUACUGUGUCUUCCUUACACCAGGCUCGCAGUGGAUUGGGAGUUGCAGUCGUGGGAGGAAUGGUCUAUGCUAUUGGAGGUGAAAAAGACUCCAUGAUUUUUGACUGUGCCGAACGGUAUGAUCCUAUUACUAAGCAGUGGGCAGCUGUAGCUUCCAUGAACCAUCCUCGUUGUGGACUAGGAGUGUGUGCCUGUUAUGGGACCAUCUAUGCAUUUGGAGGCUGGGUUGGAGCAGAGAUUGGCACCUCGAUUGAACGUUUCGAUCCUGAUGAGAAUAAUUGGGAAGUGGUGGGCAGCAUGGUUGUACCACGCUACAAUUUUGGUUGCUGUGAAAUGCAAGGUUUAAUUUAUGUUGUUGGGGGCAUUGGCAAUGAAGGAAUAGAACUGUGUUCUGUGGAGGUCUAUAACCCAAUAUCUAGGCGUUGGUCUGCACUUCCUGAAAUGGGUACCAGAAGGGCAUACCUGGGUGUAGCUGCUCUGAAUGACUGUAUCUAUGCUGUUGGAGGAUGGAAUGAGACUCAAGAUUCCCUUCCAACUGUUGAGAAAUACUCUUUUGAAGAGGAGAAAUGGGUCGAAGUUGCUUCAAUGAAGGCCCCAAGAGCUGGAGUAUGUGUUGUAGCUGUGAAUGGCCUCCUUUAUGCCACAGGAGGCAGAACUGCUAGCUAUGAUUCAGCUGCCCCAGUAACUUCAGAUUCUGUGGAGGUUUAUAACCCACAUAUGGAUACAUGGACUGAAAUUGCUAACAUGAUCACCAGCCGCUGUGAGGGAGGGGUAGCAGUGCUUUGAAGAAUUCAGCAGGAAUUAAGCGUUCGAGGGACGAUGAAGAUUUGAGUACUUUCUAAGAAAAAGUCUGCAGCUAGAAGAGGAAUAGACCUCCAAAUCAAGCACAGAGAUGCUCACUACAGUUAUUGCUGGCUAUACUGAAGACUUUAAGCUUCUCUGUGGAGCACACAAGAGAGUUCAUUUAUGAUUCUGGAAUUAGAACUCUCUUGACUUUUGACAGCUGCAUUUGACCCAUGGGAAAUCUUUGCUGUUUAUCAUCGGCUAGGACAUAUUUGGGGAAACUGUGGCCUUCCAGAUGUUGUACUAAAACUCCCAUAUGCUCCAGCUGGCAUGGCUAAUGGUCAGGGAUGAUGGGAGUUGUAGUCCAUCAACAUCUGGAGGGUCUCAGGUUUCUCAUUCCUGUGCUAGGAGAUAAUUAGAAUGAGGUUGGGCUUACUUUCUUUGAAGUGUAGAAAAGUUCAAGUUAACCACAUUACAUUUUAAGGGGGAUCCGAAGCAGGAAGACUUUAUUCUCACAAAUGUUCAUUGAGCUUCUGCCUUCCAUUGCAUAAAUUACUUUGCUUGGAAAGGGCAACAAAAUGACAAUUGAGUUAUUACUUGGAAACUUAUGUGGGAAUUUUGUUUUAGUUGUUGAAUGCUUUUAGAAAUAAACAGCAAAUAAGAAUGUG